AGAAGCAUUAUUCACAGUUUCAUGGUAUCAGAGCCGCAAUUCGGGACCAAGUCUCUUCUCCAAUUUUCUUCUCCAAUUUUCGUUUUAUUCUCUAGGUCUCUAGGUUUUUAGUCUCUUCUCCAAUUUUCGUCUUAUCCUCUAGGUCUAUAGGUCUUUGCCAACCUCUACCUAUGGCUUCUUCAGAUUCAAAAACCUUUUCUUUAUCUGAUCCUCAACCUUCUACCCCAAUUCCUCUUUUUAAUGCUGUCCCACCCACCACACUCACUCCACCCACUCCAAGCCUUCCACCGACUUAUCAUGCCUCAUCCUCUUCCUUCUUUUCUCAUCCCGUGUUCACUGUUUCCAAUAUCAAAACUUUUGUUCCUGAAACCUUAACCCAUGACAAUUAUAUUAUUUGGAAGGAGUUGAUGAUUCCUGUCUUCAAAAGCAAGGGGGUAUAUGGCCAUAUUGAUGGUACAGAUCUAUGUCCUCCACCUUCUCAUCCUAAUCAUGCCGCCUGGGUACAGAUUGAUUACCAAAUUUUAUCCUGGAUUCAUGCCACUAUUUCCACAGAUAUACUGCAGAUGAUUAUUCAACCGGGUAAGACUCUUUCUGCCAAGGAAGCUUGGGAUGCCAUUCACACUUCUUAUCAGAGUCAGUUGGCUGCCAAAAAAAUGUAUGUUAAGCAAGGGUUCGUUUCUCUCCAAAAACAAUCCGGCCAGUCUAUGUUCCAGUAUUUGCAAUCUGUCAAAAAGGCAGCAGAUAACAUGUAUGGUGUUGGUGAGUGUUUGACUGACAGAGACAUAGUAUUUCAGGCUCUUGCAGGACUUGAUGCUGAAUAUAGUGUUGCCAAGAGAACUAUUCCGCACAGAUCUCCCUUUCCUUCAUUUGUGGAGCUUCAAUCUUUAUUGCUUAUUGAGGAAUCAACACUGCAAAGAGAAAGAUCUACCAGUGCUUUCCCUUUUGCUAACUCCAGUGCACAACAGGUGUUGCAGACCUCGGUUCACUCUUCUGGUAUGGGCUAUCCAAUUCAUGAGGCAUAUUAUUCUGGAACUCAGUCCCGGCCUGAUUUCUAUGGCAUGAACCGAGGCCGUGGAAGCUUCUAUAGAGGUGGCCGUGGUCACAAACGCGGUGGUCGAGGCGGUCGUAAUUUGCGUGGCUCCUUCUCACAUUUUGAUCGUGGGUUCUAUCCUGGAGCACCCACUAAUCCAGGGCGUGGUUCCUCAUCUUUUCUGAAUACUGCUGGGCAUCCUUCCUCAUCGCAGCACUCAUCUUAUGGCCAUCAUUCCCCUCACUUCCGUGGCGGUAGUUUACCUCCAUUAUUGCCGAAUCCGUCCAUGGCAUCUCUACAUGUCACUGCUUGUCAACUUUGUGAUCAAUUGACUCACAAGGCUCGUGACUGCCCUCUGCUAAUUGGCACCAAUAUUGCCUCAAUGCCUUCUGCUCCGACGGCGCUCACAGCCACAACAUUCCCUAUCGCUCCGGACAGUAAAUGGUAUAUUGACUCCGGUGCUGAUACCCAUGUCUCUAGUACCCCUGGUAAUCUCUCCCACUCCUCUCCUUACUCCGGUUCAGAGUUUAUCCAGGUUGGCAAUGGUCAAUUACUUCCUGUCACUCAUUCUGGUAAUAUAGUGUUGUCAUCAUCUAGUCAUUCCUUUAAACUUAAUAAUGUGCUUGUCUCUCCGCAUCUUCGUAAGAAUUUACUUUCUGUUCAUCAGUUUACUAAAGACAACAAUUGUAGUGUGGAAUUUGACUCUUCUGGUUUUUCUGUUAAGGAUAUCCACUCGAAGAACGUCCUGCUUCGUUGCAAUAGUGCGGAGGGACUUUAUUCCGUGUCUAGCUCAUCUCAACGUCAUCCUAAGAUCCUUACUACUGCAGUUGUGUCUCCUGAUGUCUGGCAUCUUCGUCUUGGUCACCCAAGUUCAGCCUCUGUUACUCAAUUGGUUCGUCGUGGUUUAAUUUUGUCCAACAAUAAAGUUCCUAGUUCAAUUUCCUGUCAUGCUUGUCAACUAGGGAAGCAUACUCGACUUCCAUUUAGUGACUCCUUGUCAACUACUUCAGCGCCAUUUGAGUUAAUUCAUUCUGAUGUUUGGACUUCUCCUGUUAUGUCUUUUACGGCUUUUCUUAGAUUUUCUGCUUAUGUUUCUACUCAGUUUGGUGCCAGGAUUAAGGCUUUUCAAUGUGAUAAUGGCCGUGAAUAUGACAAUGCAAAUUUUGCUACUUAUUUUCAAACAAAUGGCAUUCAUCUUAGAUCUUCUUGUCCCUCGACUCCCCAACAAAAUGGGAAAGCCGAGUGGAUGAAUCGAACAAUCAUAAAUAUGGUUCGCUCUUUACUUUUUCAAGCAAACUUGCCUAGUGAAUUUUGGGUGGAAGCUCUUUAUGUAGCUAUUCACUUAAUUAAUAUUUUACCUUGCUCUAGGCUACAUUUUUCCACACCUCAUGAGGUUUUAUCUGGCACAGUGCCCUCCUAUAAUCAUUUACGACCUUUUGGUUGUGCUUGUUAUCCUAACCUGUCUGCCACUGCUGCCCACAAAUUGGCUCCCCGUUCCUCUUUAUGCAUCCUUUUGGGAUAUCCUAGUCACCAUAAAGGGUAUCGAUGUCUUGACUUAAAAACCCAGAAAAUUAUUUUAUCUAGACAUGUUACCUUUAAUGAAACAGAAUUUCCCUACUCUCCCUCUAUGCCAUCCCAUUCUCCCUCAUUUUUCCGGACUCCCUUUCAUUUACUGGACAAUACCUCUCCUAGCCCAGCCAUGCCACCUACUAAUCCCAACUUUCCUAGCCCAGCCAUGCCUUCCACUAGCCCAACUUGCCCCGGCCCACUCUCUCUUGGCCCACCUUCACACCAAACUACCACACCCACCAGCCCCACACCUAUCGCACCCACCAGCCUUCUCCCGAUUUCUGCCUCCGUCGUCCCCAGUCCUGUGCCGCCACCUGCUGUCUCCUUGUCCCUGUUCCUGCCAGAUCUGCAUUCCCCAUCACCAUCCUGCGGUGCUGCGCCUCUUGCUUUCGCCCGAUCUGGGUCUGCACCUGAUGCUUCUCUCUCCGCUGCUUCCAUUGGUGAUUGCCCUGGUUCUGAUGAUUGUUCUGUUUCGGCUCCUGCUGCUGCCCCGUCUUCUUUCGUUCCCUCUGCUUCCUCGGCUCAUGUUCCUCAACGCACCCAUAGCAUGGUGACUCAUUCACAGGCCGGUGUUAGGAAGCUCAAGAUCUUGCCAUCUCUGCUUCAUACAUCUACUGAUUUGCAGGAACCCAGGACUUUUAAACAAGCUUGUAAUCUUCCAGAGUGGCAACGGGCUAUGCAAGAGGAAUUUCUGGCUCUACAGCGCAAUCACACUUGGGUUUUAGUUUCUCCUCCAUCCGGUGCUAAUAUUGUGGGAUCCAAAUGGGUAUAUCGUUUUAAACAGCGAGCUGAUGGCAGUAUUGAGCGUUAUAAGGCUCGCCUUGUCGCGCAAGGGUAUACACAGCAGCCUGGGAUUGAUUAUGAUGAGACUUUCAGUCCGGUGGUCAAGCCCGUUACCAUCCGCACGGUUCUUACACUUGCUAUUUCCAAGUCUUGGCCAAUUCAUCAACUUGAUGUCCAGAAUGCCUUUCUCAAUGGGUAUUUAUUUGAGCCUGUUUAUAUGUCUCAACCACCUGGCUUUGUUGAUCCGUAGUAUCCAGAUCAUGUUUGCCUUCUCCAACGAGCCCUUUAUGGUUUGAAACAGGCUCCUCGUGCCUGGUUCCAGAGGUUUGCUGCUUUUCUUCAUUCCUGUGGCUUUGUUCAGGCAUAUUCUGAUUGC